CUGACCACCGCUCUUACCUCUCGAUUUGACAUGAUAUUUUUCGUCAUUUGAUUGCAUAAUCUCAUGAAAACAUCUUUUAGAACAUUGAUUUGGUCAAGGGGCAUUAUUAUCUUUUCCCUCUAAAAUAAAUUUUGACGUUUGGUGGCUGGCCACACUGAAGGCCACUUGGCGGUAUUUGAAUCCAUCAAACGGUUUGAUUUGAAGCAUGUUGAUAUUGGCUGAUGUCCUCCUAACCUGACGCGAGACCAUCCGUUUCUUACUGUCAUCACUAGAAGUCUUUGUUCAGAUUACGAAACCCAAAACACGAGGAACAGGUUGUGUUUGAAGAAUUUUCCUUUGUUGUAAGAGUGUAACAUGUCAUUAUUUAUCAUGGACAGUUCCAUUGAAGAUAGCCCAGUGGUGUCUAACAACAAGUUUAAACCCAAGAAAACUCUAAAUUUUGAUACUUCAGAUGAAUCAGUCAAUGAGAAUGAUGCAGUCUCUGAUUCUGAUGACGGCACCAGGAAUAUAUCAACUGACUUGGUAAUUCCGGCUUCUGACAAUGAAGAAUCUGAACUUGAAAGUUCAGAACUGAGAAAUUCUAGAAGUUUCAAUUCAAGAAAUUCUGAAUCGGGUGAUUCUAAUAUAGAUCCUGAAUCAGGAGAUGCUGAAGUAGAUGGUUCUGAAUUAGGAGAUGCUGAAGAAGGUGAUUCUGAAUCAGGAGAUGAUGAAGUAGGUGAAUCUGAAUCAGGAGGUGAUGAAGUUGGUGAUUCUGAAUCAGGAGAUGAUGAAGUAGGUGAUUCUGAAUCAGAAGAUACUGAAGCAGUUGACUCUGACCAAGCGGAUAUGAAACCAUCAUCCCCAAAUUCUUCUUCAGGAGAAUCAAUAGUUGGGCAAUCACCAGUUUUAGCGUCUUUCAAACCGGCUAAGUCCUCAAAUUUACUCCGCAAAAGCUUAACCAGGAAGAACUUGGGAGGCCAAGCUACAGAACAGAAUGAAAGUAGUGAAUCUCUUUACUUGAGUUUUCAAGAAAGCCCGUUAAAGAGGGAAUCUAUUCAUCACUCAUCUCCAAUUGGAAACAGUCACAGUAAAAAUGUGCACAAUUCUCAUAGUAAUACUGAUCGUAGCUUGCUCAAUGCAUUUUCUGCGAAUAACUCAUCUGCUGAGCUUCCUCAAUACACCGAUAAUUCUCAAAACAACAUUUCUGCUGAAGUCUCUGAAAAAAAUCAUGAUUCAAGUCAACCUGUGAAUAACUCAAGAGUUAAUGUGUUUGCUGAUGCCCGUGAUACUCCUGGUAGUGUCACUCCUGAUGACCACCACACAAAUUCUGCUAGUGGUGCCAGUUUAAUUGAAGAUGAUAAUAAUAUUGAAUCUACUCAGUCAGAGAAUGAAGAUGUCACUCAGCUUCCAUCUCCUGACAGACCAAGAACCAACGUGAUUGACCUCACUCAAUCUGAUUCUUCCCUUCAAAAUUCACCUGUUGGAGCUACAAGACAGUUUGUCAAUCAGCGCGAUAUUGCAGUUAUUGUUGGGGAACUGUCUGCUGUCAACAAUGAUGUCAUGGUAAAACAAACAUUGCUUGACACUAUAGAUAUUAAUACACUGCCAGAUAAGGGAAGGAAUUUAAUGAAUAAAGUAGCAGAGUUACAGAAACGCAAAUCUGAACUUGAAGAUGAGCUUCAUUCCAAUGAAGAGUAUAGUCGUCAAAAGAAAGGUCUAGAACAAAUGCAAAACAAAAUUCCAGUUUCUGCUACAAAGCAAACUACUCUUAACUUUCAAAAUUUAAAGUCAAAACUCAAUGAUGCUGUCAGAAGUUUAGAUUAUGAAACCAAAAAUAUUAAACCUGAACCUAAUCAAGAUUAUAGGAGUUUUAAUUCAGUAGAUGAUGAUUUCAGCCCAGAGAGUAAACCUUCUCUCGCACCAAGUUGGGGAGACCUACCCAAACCCGACAUGACUAUCUCCGGAUUCGGGAAAAAAGCUAUGCAGACACAUUUGGCAGAAAAAGCUCUCACCUUGGAGGCCCUUUCCUCUCUUCAUCAAGCUCUGAAGUCCUGUCCAACAGAAGAGACAGUGGCUGAAGAUCCACGAAAUCUCAAAGUAGAACUUUUGCCUCAUCAAAAGCAUGGACUUGCAUGGAUGUUGUGGAGAGAACAAGAAAGACCAUCCGGUGGAAUACUUGCUGAUGAUAUGGGAUUAGGCAAAACCAUAAGUAUGAUUUCAUUAAUUCUGAAGUCUCAAGAAAUGAAAGAGGAGUCAGAGAAUGACAGUAAUGACACUGACUCCGAUUCUGAUUCUUCACCACAGUGGAUGAGCAAGAAGUAUUCACGAAUGCCAAAGGGAGGCACCCUUGUUGUGUGCCCUGCUAGUUUGAUGAAUCAAUGGGAACGGGAAAUUCUUAAACGAGUAAAGCGAAGGGCUCUUUCAGUUGAGCUCUACCAUGGACCUAAACGUGAAACUAAACCUCGUCGUCUUGCCAAUUACGAUGUAAUAAUUACAACUUACAAUUUGGUAAGCAGGGAAAGUGGAAUUGAAAGUGCUAAAAAUGCUACUGUAAAGAGAGAUCAAGGACCAUUAUUUUUGAUCAAGUGGAAUCGUAUAAUCCUUGAUGAAGCUCACAUGGUGAGAAAUCACAAGAGUCAAAUGGCUCUAGGGGUUUGUGAAUUGACUGGCAAGCAUCGAUGGUGUCUGACUGGUACACCAAUUCAGAACAAAGAACUAGACUUGUAUGCACUGCUGAAAUUCUUACGCUGUUCCCCAUUUGAUGAUUUGACUGUAUGGAAAAGAUGGGUUGAUAAUAAAAAUGCAGCAGGAAUGCAGCGACUCAAUACCAUGAUGAAAUCAUUAAUGUUGAGACGCACCAAAGAACAGUUGCAUGCAAAAGGUGACUUGGACUGUCUACCAGCCAAAUUUUAUGAGAGAAUUGAUAUUCAUCUGGACCCCGAAGAACUAGUAAUAUAUGAGAAAGUAGCAAUAUUUUCAAGUACCUUGUUUGCUCAGUUUCUUUCUCAAAGGGCAGAAAAGCAGCAAGCCCUUGAUGUUCGUUAUGGCAUUUCCUCUAAACCAGCUUGGGAGCAGCAAGAGGGACCAGACAAUCAAUUUGUCACAACUGAAGAGCUUGCCAAGAUGCAUAGGAAAUUUAAAGGAAUACAGGACAUCAAGACUCACCAGAUCUUGGUCCUUUUACUUAGGCUACGACAAAUUUGUAAUCAUCCUGGCUUGGUUAAAAAGAUGGUUGAAGAUGGGGAUCUAGAUAUGGGUACUGCUGAAGGAGUUGAGGACAAUAAUGGCUUGGAUGUAGAUCUCUUUAACCAAAUGAACAAACUCAACAUUUCGGAAUCCAACAUUGAGGAUGUUGAGAAAGAGGAUUUGAAUAAAUCUGUGGAACUUUCUGUGGAUAACCCUGUUCUUGAUUUUCAACGACCUAGUGCAAAGAUCCGAGCUAUUUUAGAUUUGGUUCAAGAAAAGAUAGCUGAUACUGAUGAUAAAGCUAUAAUUGUGUCUCAGUGGACAUCCAUGCUGAAUAUUAUAUCUCCCUUUUUGAAAGACUUAAAAAUUAAGUUUGAUAGCCUUACUGGUGAAGUGCCUGUUGACAAAAGGCAGGAAAUUGUCAAUGAAUUCAAUAAACCACAUUCCGGACCUCAGAUCUUGCUUCUGUCACUGACUGCUGGGGGAGUUGGCUUGAAUUUAAUUGGAGCAAAUCACUUGAUUUUAGUUGACAUUCAUUGGAAUCCUCAAUUAGAAAACCAAGCUUGUGAUAGAAUUUAUAGAGUUGGCCAGAAAAAAGAUGUGAAUAUUUACAGGUUGAUAACAAUCAAUACCAUUGAAGAGAGGAUUAAAAGUUUGCAAGAUUACAAACUUAGCAUUGCAGAUAGCGUGCUCACUGGCACUAGGAACACUCAAACAUCCAAACUUACACUGGAUGAUUUGAAGAUGUUGUUCUCUGUCCCAGCCCCAUCUCAACCAUUACCAGAUGAGCAGCAUCUGCCACCAGCCCAUUAGCAAUUACCCCUUUGAGUUGUCAAUUGAAUCAUCCAAAUCAUUGUUUAUUAUCGUUUUAAAUUCUUUUAAAAAUUGUACUGUUGAUUAUAUUUUUUUAUUUCACUCUAUGUAUGUGGUCAAGUUUAAGUAAUGUUCUUAAAUCUUAUUUGCAACAAA